GUCCCUUCCUUCCCGGCGCUGGCAGGCGGGCCGCGGCGACUGCAGGCGGCGGACGGGCGGACCGGCGGAUGGGCGGGCGUCUCCAGCUCGCUCCCUCCCUCGCUGCCGGCUUCCUUUUGUUUUUCUGGGAGGCGAUGAGCGCAGGGCCGGCGCGGAGGCUGCGGGCGCACGGAGGCCCGCGCUCCUAGCCACCCUUCCCGGCCUCGGCGCGCUAGUCCCAGGCAGCGGCCCGCGCCCGCCCCAGCGCCAGCCGCGCGGAACUUGGGCUGGGGAAGCCGGCGGACCGCGUCCUGCGCCGGAGCAGGGCAUGGUCUAGCAGCCCCCACAAGGUUGUGGAACCCGCCCCCGGAGCUUCUAGUCCUGACUGCCUCCACCUCCCCUUGGCCUCGGGUGUGACCAGCCGCCACCAUGGGCAAGCAGAACAGCAAGCUGCGGCCCGAGGUGCUGCAGGACCUGCGUGAGAACACGGAGUUCACGGACCACGAGCUGCAGGAGUGGUACAAGGGCUUCCUCAAGGACUGCCCCACCGGCCACCUGACCGUGGACGAGUUCAAGAAGAUCUACGCCAACUUCUUCCCCUAUGGCGACGCCUCCAAGUUCGCCGAGCACGUCUUCCGCACCUUCGACACCAACGGGGACGGCACCAUCGACUUCCGGGAGUUCAUCAUCGCGCUGAGCGUCACGUCCCGGGGCAAGCUGGAGCAGAAGCUCAAGUGGGCCUUCAGCAUGUACGACCUGGACGGCAAUGGCUACAUCAGCCGCAGCGAGAUGCUGGAGAUCGUGCAGGCUAUAUACAAAAUGGUGUCCUCUGUGAUGAAAAUGCCCGAGGAUGAGUCCACUCCGGAGAAACGAACGGACAAGAUCUUCAGGCAGAUGGACACCAACAAUGACGGCAAGCUGUCGCUGGAAGAAUUCAUUAAAGGUGCCAAGAGCGACCCCUCCAUCGUCCGCUUGUUGCAGUGUGACCCCAGCAGUGCCAGUCAGUUCUGAGGGGCCGGGCGUCCAGACAGCGGCAGAGAAACACGGGCUCGUCUCGCCGUCUAAAGCUUUGCUUGCACGGGUGGGUGCCUCCUCCACCAUUCCUGCUCUCGGCCGGGGCCCAGGCGACACGCGGCACCUGCCCGGCCCGGUGGCUGUGCCUCCCUCCUCCACCUGGCCUCCUCCUGCCCCCGCCCGCCCCCCCCCAGGGCACCCCCCCCGCCCCCCCGGGGAGGUGUUUCCACGCAGGCCUCACAGUUCUGGCUCCUGGGGCGUCUCGCCGCCCCAGGGAGCCCUGAGAACACCGCUGAGGACAUGGAUGGGGCUUCUAAGAUGGAGACAAGGCCAGCUGUUGUAUGUUGUGAUGGCAGGUGACCAUGGGCAAGGUGGGGACAAGACCGGAGGGAGAGUAGACGGGCAAGCCCUCCCCGUGCAUGGCUCCACCUCGCUCGUGCGUUUCCUCUGACCAAAGCUGCUUGCACGUAUAGAUACCGUGGCCUCCUUCCCUUUCACGUAUAAAUUAUGCCUCUGGUGAAGUGAAAUGUGCCGUGUAGGUCCCGUAUUUCAUGCCUCCGUUGCCUGUGAAGCGUGGUUUCCCCCGUGGCCUGUGAUCUGCCCCCGAGCCCGGUUAUUUUGUGGUAUUUAUGCGCUCUCUCGAUCUACCCGUUUCCAAGGAAAUGCAUGCGUGCCCAGUGCCGUGGAGACCGUCCCGUCCACGUAGUGAAGGCAGGCGUCUGUGUAAGGUCUGUCCUCCUUGUUGAUUGGUCUGGCAUUUCCUGUAUUAAAAAUGAUCAAAUAAACGGAAUUCUCUGA